CUGUGUGCAUGGCUCUGCCUUUGCCUUUCCCAUGAAGUAGAUUUUAAAAAAUUGUCUCUUUACCGAGCGUCAAACUGAAAGUUUAUAAUUUACUAAAUUCGGUUGAUUUGUUGUAAAUUUUGUAUUAUUAUUAAUUUACACCCCACACUAAAUCUAAAUAAAAUUAAAGACAGUGUCCCAUUGACGUGCAUAAUAUGGAUGAGCAGGACCAUAAAUUAAUUUGCCGUUGUUGUUUAUCGACGGAAAGGCGAAUGAAAAAAAUUGAUAACUUUCGGUAUCUCUUCGUUGAUUUUGCAGAUAUAAUUAUAACUGAUACAGAUGGCCUGCCACAAUGGAUUUGUUGGGAGUGUGAAGCAAUUAUUCACAAAAGCGUUCGAUUUAAACACAAAAUGUUGAAAGUGAACGCUAUACUGUACGACUAUGUUAAGAGAUGUGCACCUUUUGCAAUAGACAGCCAAGAUGUGGAGUUAAAGGGUUGCUCUAUAUCUACCUUAAGUAUGACAAACACAUUGAUAUUAGAUAGUAAAAAUAAAAAUGGAGUACCAGAAGUUGUAGAGCACCAAAAAUUGAAAACCACAUCGGAUGAUAUGAAGUUGUUUGAAGCUCCAAAAAAUGAUGCAGACGUCUCGAUAAAAAAUGAAGACACAUAUGAUGAUGAUUAUGGACAGGAUUCUUUUGACGAUAGAGGUGCUCUGUUAGAAGAAAUAAAGACUGAACUUAUAGAAGAUGUGAAGAAGGAGUGUAAGAAGAGAGAAAGAGUUAAAGAUUUGGACCAGACAGAAAAGCGCAAAGUAAAACGGAGAGGAAAGGCCCCCAGUAAGGACCUUGAUGAGAGCAAGAUUAGAAUCAUCAGACUGGACCCUGCGGCACAGUUGAAGCAGAGAGAGGAAGACACAAAAGACGAUCUCAAGUUGCCAUAUCACUGCCAUCUAUGUUUCAAAGGAUUCAUUUUCGAAGAGAAACUCAACAACCACAUGAAGAAACACAGCCCGUCCCGCGGAACAUUCAAAUGUGAUAUAUGCUCGAUGUACCUGCCCACGAAGUACAGUCUCUCCGUGCAUAUGCUGACUCACACGCAGAGGUACGAGUGUGUCUCCUGCGGCAGAAGAAUGCUGGAUCGGAGUUCGAUUCUCAAUCACUACAGAGUUGAGCACGAGGGCAUCACCUCGCUGUAUACGUGCCAUAUCUGCGGGAAGAUCGUCAGUAAUCCGAAAACGUUGCGCGGUCAUAUACGUAAUAUACACACCGGGACACGGACGCGGUGCGAGCAGUGCGGAAAGACGUUCGUCAACAAAGACGCGCUCGCCGAACAUAUGCUCAUCCAUAAAGGCGUGAAGGACCACUCGUGUCCGGUCUGCGCGAAGAAGUUCCGCACGAGACAGCAGGUGGUGCAUCAUCAGGUCAAACAUACAGACAACAAGAACUUUUACUGCGUGGAGUGUGAUGUCAGAUUUAAGACCACAAGCGCACUGCGACAGCAUCUUAGAAGAAGUACAAGGCAUCGGGAUGUCGACAGUUUACUAUUCCAAUGCGACUCGUGCCCAAAGCGGUUCGAGAGUGCGGCACAGUUGUCACAGCACCGCGGUGUGCAACACGAGGGUUCGCGCCCGUACCCGUGCCCGCAGUGUGCGUGCGCGCUCGCAACGCGCUCUUCGCUCGCAAAGCAUAUGCGAGCCGUGCACGGAGGUCAACGACCGCCGCCCGUGCACGUGUGCGACACCUGCGGCAAAGUGUUCCGGGCGAAGAGUACGUUGGUUAAUCACGUCCGUACACACACUGGCGAAAAGCCUUUCUCAUGCAGCGAGUGUGGACGACGCUUUACACAGCGAACGGCGAUGCGUACUCACGUCAAACUGGUCCAUCUCAAGAUGCACCGGAGCGCUAAGCUUAAACCAAAGCUUCCUGCAGAAGUCACGAAAGCUGAGCCCUUCAAAGAUGACGUGACACUUGUAUUUGAGUGGAACAAACAAAUGCAGACAUGUGAAUACUUUACGGUCACAGCGGGGCCCUAAGACGGCUUAACUUAACUGGCUUAUGUAUCUGAAUAUGACGGAGCUAGGAUUGUGUCAGACAAUAAAAUAUUCGUUUUAUUGGAAAGAGUACGCCCACUCAUAAAAAUAUAUAUAAAUUACCUGACACGUUGUUUGUCGGGGAUGGACUCCUAAAGUAAUGGAACGGAUUUUAAUGGGGAUUACUUCAUGGAGUGCAGUUUAGUCCAACUUGAGAGAUAGAAUACUUUUUAUUUCGAUUUGGGACCCAUAAUUAUUUUUAUUUCUAAUAUUUGUUUGGUAUGGAAAUAUUUUCUGCGAGAGUAUUUAUUGACGCACGGUUUGACAGUUCUGCUGUGAAUAAAUUUCAUUAUAACAACAAGGAGCAUAUGUUACGUAAUACAUAAUUCUUGAUGUUAUGAAAAAUUAUUGACAGAUACAUAAAAAACAGUAUUUUUUUAUUAUCUUCAGAACAACGUCUGUCAGGUCAGCUAGUACAAGUAUAAAUUAGAAAGUGAAUAAAUGUUAAGUCCUGAUCCGUUACGGGUUUACUGUCAUCCAAAGAUGUAUUGCCACGUUAAGGUCUACAGUGCUUGCUUUCUAGAAAACCAAUGCACGCCCCUGUACACCAUCCUACUAAUAUUAUAAAUGUGAAAGUUUGUAUGUCUGGAUGUAUGUUUGAACUUCUUUAACGCAAAAUCUACUGAAUAGAUUUUGAUGAAACUUUACAAUAAUAUAGCUUACACACCAGAAUAACAAAUAGGUUAUAAUUUAUAAAACUAGUGUGAAUUAUAAAAAAAUAUAAAAGAAGUGUGAUUGUUGCUAAUGAAUACAACUAGCGCCAUCUCUUAUCAACUAGCAAGCAAAAGAUCAAUACAAUUUAUAUGGCAAAACAACGUUUGCCGGGUCAGCUAGUAAUAUAAUAUAUUUGCCACCCCGAUAUUGUGUUAGUAUAUCUAUCGAUAGUACGAUAUACGAAUAUAGCUUUCGAAGUGUCACAAUUACUGCGAUUCUGUUUUCAUUAAUUCACCCCCAUUCCAUUACUGAGAAUUAAUAUUAACCUCGUAAAUAAAUAUUUGAAAGGGCGGGAAAUGAUCGGAGUUUCAAACAUAGGUUAUAAAUGCGUUCCAAAUUUGAGUUUCCACCAAAAAAUUUGUAAAUACUCGGUUACAUAAUACAUUAUCUCUGGAUCUGUCGUCGAUGACGUCACAUCGUGUUUUUGGUACGGUGUGCAAAAUAAGUAUCACUAUGAUAUUAUUAUUAAUAAGUAAACUACGAUUUAUUUUUCUGUAUUAUUGAUCAAUGUAAAGGUGUUGUGAUAAUUAUUAUUAUAAUGAUGAAAAAUCGAUGAAAGAAUCGGGGUUGAGUAAAAAAAGUAUUUAUGUUUCUGGCAGUACUAUUAUAGCGGAUUACACAGAACAAUAGAAACAAUGGAACUAUUAACAACAAAAGUCAAACCGUAAAAAUGAAAACUUCAAAAACAAAGCAUAUUUAUAGCACGAAAAUAUCACGUCAUGUACCUAACGGUAAUGAAUCUGCAAACAGUCCUGACGCAACAGGACGAGCGCGGGGGCGUUAAAGGGGAACGGGAGGAGGUUUCACGUUGCAGCAUGUUUUUGGCCAGAUUAGUUCUUUUCAAAAUUGUUAUUAGUGUUAAUAGCAAACUGUCUGGUUUUUAUGUGCAUCUUUUUCUUGUGUGUAGCUUUCUACAGCCCAUCUCCCUCCCACCUUUGUGAUAUGUGGUGUAAAAGACGAAGGAGAAUUUUUUGGAAUUUGUAAUUUCAUGAUUAUUUCUGAACGCCGGAGGGGCCAUACUUUUGGCCCCCUUCUUUGAUAUUUCUGAAUAUCAUCACAAUAUCUCUCUUAAACCUACGGCUUUAUUGACUAGAUGGAGUAUAUACCUAUUGACUAGAUGGAGUAUGGAACCUUAAUUUGCAUUGAAGCCAUCUUCACUUUGAACUCCAAUGGGAGGAGUUUACCAGUGGGAGGCUUUUCUGCCGUCAAGCAGCGAAGUAUAAGCAUUAUUGGGUUUCGGUCUGAAGGGCGCCGUACCUAGGGAAUUUACUGGGCAAAUUUAGUGCCGCUCAGAAUUUCUCGGUAUUUUCAAGAGUCCUGGGCGGCUCUGCAUUGUAAUGGACAGUUCGUAUCAAUUACCAUCGGCUGUACGUCCUGCUCGUCUCGUGCCUUAUUGUCUAAAAAAAAAUUCGACGCGAACAUUUAUUCUCUCAUUCUGUUGUAUAUCCAUCCCUUUGGUUUCAGCGCGCUGAAUCACAUAAACGACUGCUAUCUACGGAAGCGAAUACCAAUUUUUUUUUUGUAAAUCAAACGAUAAGUAUUAGGAUACUUAUCGUUCGAUUUACAAAAAAAAAUUGGUUUAGUUUCGAUAUUAAACACUCCCAUACAUUUAGUAUAACAUAAGUAGAAAGGUCAUUGUGUCGCACAACAAGGACGUCACUUCGAAUACAAAAUUUUGUACUUCUAAGAAAUAUAUAAUAUUGUAAAGCCCUACCUUCGCCUUUAUGCCUCGGGGAAAAAGAUAUUGUAUCGUACCAUUAGAUAGAAAUAAAUAAAGGUUUUGUACAAUAAA